GGAUAUCACAAAUUCAUUCCGAGCGGAUGAGCUGAGCGGAGGGACCGGAAGAGAUACAAAGCAAGCACAGAGGAAAAGCUUCUUCCUCUUUCUCCAUCUGUUCGCUUCAUCACUAAUCCAUGGUCCCACUCUCCCCUUCUCCUCUCGGCUUCUCCUCCUCCUCCAUACCCACCACCAGCUUCCUCUUCUUCAGCAAGUGCAGAGCUACCCAUAUAUCCAAGAGAUUUGGGUUACCCGGUAAAGGGAUAGUGUGCGCGGGUGACCGAACGGGGGUGUCCUUCCGAGGCGGGGUCUUGAGGAGGGAGCUGGUGCUCUUGGGUCUGUCCUCUUCUUCCUCAGCGGCUCUCCUCUUCCCAUCUUCAGCAUCCAUUGCACAGGAAGAGCUGCAGAUGGCUUCACUUGUCGAUGAAAUAAAUGCCUAUACUUACUCAUACCCAACACAGCUGCCUUCUAAGAAGUUUACCUUCAAAUGGGUGGAAUCCAGAAAGCCAGAACGAUAUUCUUCUGCAGCACCUCUAUCUCCUGAUGCACGCCUGAGGAUUGUCUCCGAGCGAGUCGACAUAAUUGAUAACCUUGUCAUCUCUGUCUCGGUAGGUCCCCCGAAUUUCCAGAUUAUAAAAUCUAAGGAUAAAAGUACAUGGACUGCAAAAGAAGUUGCAGACUCUGUCUUAGCUGAUAAAUCUGCUCUGCGAGUGACUUCUAGUCAGCGAGUGGUGGAAAGUUCAGUGCUUGAUGCACAUUCUAACGAUGCAAACGGAGAGCCAUACUGGUACUAUGAAUAUCUCGUUCGCAAAUCCCCCACCAAGAUGGCCCAGGAACCAAACCUCUUCAGACACAAUGUUGCUUCAACAGCUGAGCGGGAUGGCUACUUGUACACACUUAAUGCUUCGACGCUCGGCAAGCAAUGGGACAAGAUGGGACCAUUCUUGGAAAAGACAGUAGCAUCUUUCCGCCUGCUCCCGCUGUCAGAGAACUACGUCCCUCCAUACAAGGAUCCAUGGAGAUUUUGGUGAUCGAAUUAGUAUGACAGUCUUCUCCUUUCCAGUUUGAGUAGACAGGUUCAAGGCAUUCUUCUUUGUCUAGAAUCUCUAUUUUUGAAUUUCCCAGAAGAAGCGAUUCAUGCUCAUCAUGUAGCUUCUAUUAGGAUGGAACAUUGGAAGUUCUACUCACGAUUGUUUUGUGUAAAUUAUCUUCUGUCUUGACACCCAAUUUCCCAUAAAUACGGAAAAUUGGAGAUUGCAGGCAAGAGAUAGGCCUCAAAUAUGAGAAAUCCAAUAGAGAUAAGGAAUUUGGCCCCUUAAUGCGGGAUUGUCGAUUCAGGGUAUUUGGCCCCUCAAUGCGAGGUUGUCGAUUCAGGUCA